AUGGCUGGCUGGCUGGCUGGCUGGCUGGCUGGCUGGCUGGAUGGAUGGAUGGAUGGAUGGAUGGAUGGUCUCCAGUGCGUCCGUGCCUGCGGCUCUUGUUCCGGAAGAUGUGCUUUGCCUGUGACAAGGCGAAAGACAUGGUACAGCUUGCACGUCUGCAUUCUGAUGCUCGUGCCGCUCUUGCUGUAUGGCUUCUUCCGGGGCAUCUCGACGUGCUCCUGCUGCAUGCGACGCUUCAUGUCUUCCGCAGAGCACCGCGGAGCUGCAGAGGCAGCUGCGGAGAAGGAGGUUGCGGAGAAGGAAGUGGCGCAGGAGCACGGCGACAUCGACAUACAUGCCGAAGAAGUGCGUGCUGCGACGACAAGUGGCGAACUCCCGGCAGAAGACAAGAACGAGCAGCCGCAGCAACAGGAAGACACGGAGUCAGCACACGGACCAGGCGUGCAGCAGCUGCCUUCGCUGCUCACGACCCGAGGUGGUGGCGGUACCACUUGGAAGGAGGCUUGGUGCACAUCUGUGGCAGCCGCAGAGAAGGAGCGAGUGGAGGAUCCGGGCAAGUUCCUCCUGUCCCUGCUGAAGGGACCGGAUCCUCCGGCACCGUCGCUGGGAAACGGCCUUGUCUCGGGAACUCAAACAGCCGGCCGUGUGAAGUACUACAACGACCGUCGCGGCUUCGGCUUCAUCAGGAUCCCCGGCGGGAGCCAGGAUGUCUACUUCCAGCGAAGAGACAUAGAUGCUGCCUCGCAAAAUCUGUUGACCUGGGUCGGCGGUCAAGGCCUCACCGGGUACACCGCCAACCUUCGCCUGGAGGCCCUCUCAGACGGGAGAUGGCAAGCUCGCAGCAUUACGCUCUCCGAAGAUCAGUACCCCGCCCAGUACCACGACCGCUACUAUGACUUGGGUUAUUGCAGCGAUGCGUACUACCACGGUAAGGGUGGCCGCAGAAAGGGCUGGAAGGCUUAUGCAGAUGAAGCAUCGGGAAGCUAUGCCACGAAUGGAAAGGGCAUGCGGCAGCCACAACAGGAUCGGUCAGAUCGAUCUCAGUGCAAGAAGCAGUGCCAAUUCAUUAUCGGCAUUGAGGAGGCAGACUGCGAGGGAGCAGACUUCCGUUUGCAAUCAAAGCGGACAGGACACCAUCAGACUUGUCGAUUGACAGACGGGCGGCUCGAAGUGCUCCGCUGUGUUCAAGCAGUGCAUGUAAACGUGUUGCUGAAAGUGAAGUGCGAGGUUCGGUCCGCACAGAAUGAAGACGUUGUGCAGCCCAACUGGCCAUUGCGCUCGAGCUUCUUCCUGGGUGACUUGGAAGACGGCCAUCACCGGAUUGGCUCUAGCUGUGAAGUUGAAUCCGUGAAGAGAUGGGAAGACAAAAUUGUCUGCCAUUUCUCGCUGAAUCCUUUCUUGGCGACUGGGAAGAUGACGACGAUAGCCAUGUGUGAUGACAAUGACAUGUUCAUCUGUGGAAGUUGGAUUCUGCAGCUUGUUGAAAGCACCCUUGAUCAAAUUGUCUGGCAGUUAGAUUCCGGGGAGUUCCGGCGGGUUUGGUGGCGCUCGGAGGACCACUCUCGGCAUGCUCCUUUCAUGCCGCGUUGGGCUUUACGCUUCACGCAGUUCAAUAUCAACAAGGAUCUCCAGUUCAAGGCCAUAUACGACAACACGUCUGUGGAGGUCCGGUGUCACAUCUAUGAUGCCGAAAGCCAUCUGCUCUCGACCAACGGACAAGCUUCCAUCCGGAAUUGGUUCCAGACCAAGUGCUUCAAACCAGGCGAUGGAAAAUUUCUUGGUUGCGAUGAUGACGGGGAUGAAGAUGCCCACGGCUACGAUGACGAUGAUAAAGCAGAAGGCAGGUUGAUGAAUGUGGUGGAGAUGGAAAUGGAGAUCGUGACGAUGGUGACGACUUUGGUUGGGGUGGAGCGCUGGUGUGGGCUGAUGCUGGGAGCACAAGAAAUCAUCAUGAGGCCCUCCGAGCGACAUCACGCGAAGGCGGUGCAGCUCAUUGAGGAGCUGCCGGCGACCAAGUUUCGAGGGGAGGGCGGGGCCAUCUCGAUGCUGAGCUGA